AUGGGCUCACCAGCUCAUGCUAUAUACUCAUCCACAGUUAACUUUAGUUUACAAGGACAUGAAUUUCAAACUCAAUAUGAUGUUCAAUUGAUUCUUAAUAAAACAGCUCAAAGUCUAUUAUUGUGCUCCGCUGCAUGUAAUCAAAAUCCAUUAUGCCGGACUUUUGAUUAUGAUUCAAGUUCACGCCGUUGUCGACUGUUCGAAGCUGAUCUUACUAAUGGAGCAAUCAUUGCGACGGCUUCUCAAACAUCUAUUGUUGGCAGUGUGAAACUUUCAGCAUCAUUAUAUGCAUCAAUGUACAAUCGAUCUUGUUCAGCAUGCCAAGAAAAUCGAUAUCAGACUUGCUCAUCGACUACAAACACGUGCCAAUGUCCAGGUAAUAGUUAUUGGAAUGGCAGCAUGUGUCCAUUACAAUUAUUUGCAAAUGCAACUUGUAGUCAAAUUGAUGCUUGUCGAAGUGAUCUUAAUCUUAGCUGUAUCAUAAAUUCUUAUGGUGGAUUCACUCAAUGUUUAAUAAAACAAGCCCUCAGUACCAUUACUGAGACUGUUUAUGCUUUAUGGAAUACAACUGCAGGUUCUAACAGUAAUCUUGCAUCGAAUGGUUCUGGUAUUGGAAAAUACUCUUCAGCACAUGGCCCAGACAAUGUUUUCGAUUGCAAUACAAAUACUAAAUAUGUCAACUUUGGUGGCUGUAAUAAUACAGCGAGCGGCUCACCCACGUGUGCACGAAACACCGGCUUCUAUCUGACACUACAGAGAGGCCCAUCAUUCCUUGUCGCUUUUCGAUUGGCUACGGCCGAUAGCUAUCCACAACGUGACCCACGAAUAAUAUCCAUUGAAGGAAGCAACAGUAAUUUUACCGAACUCACUAGAGGGUCAAGCUGGAUUUUACUUUACAAUGGCUCCUGUGGUAUUUCCAUAAAUCAAACUCGAAAGACAUAUGGAUCAAUACAGUGGUUACCAAACAAUUCAGCAUGGUAUGCUAGCUAUCGAUUUCUGGUUAAUUUAGCCAUGAAUAAUGGGGUAUCUAUCCCAUUCAUACAAUAUUCUGGGGUAGAACUACUUGGUUACUAA